ACUGCUCUGAUUGGCUGUGAGAAAGGCCUGUGCAGAGUCAGUCCUCUUAUUAGGUCCAUGUAGGCUGCAGGCUGGCCACACUCGCCUGGGCUGUGGUGGGCACUGCUCCCCGCGAGACAGAGGUUGGAGGACUGCUCCCGCUCCCGAGACGGCUCGAGUCACUUGCUUCAUAUUUGUCUUCCCGUAGGAUUUUAUCCUAUACUUGGUUCACGGCUUUGAAAGAGGGCAUUGAACUGUCAAUGCAUGCUCGUGUGGUAAAAUUCAGCUGGCUACUUUAAACAGAGGAAGAUGCAGAUCAUGGGCCUGGUGGCCUGUCUUGUCCUUGGGAUCCUGCUUUCUGGGGGGCCCACGGGGUCCAUAUCACCUGUGGACCCUGAAGCAAACAUGAAUGUGACUGAAAUAAUCGGGUACUGGGGAUACCCGAGUGAGGAGCACACGGUCCAGACAGAGGACGGGUAUAUUUUGAGUCUUCACCGGAUUCCUCAUGGCCGGAAGAACCAUUCUGACAAAGGUCCCAGACCAGUUGUCUAUCUUCAGCAUGGCUUUCUGGCAGAUUCUAGUAACUGGGUCACGAACCUUGACAACAGCAGCCUGGGCUUCAUUCUGGCCAAUGCUGGUUUUGAUGUAUGGCUGGGGAACAGCAGAGGAAACACCUGGUCUCGGAGACAUACGACUCUCUCUGUUUCUCAGGAUGAAUUCUGGGCCUUCAGUUUUGAUGAAAUGGCAAAAUAUGACCUACCUGCUUCCAUUAACUACAUUGUGAAUAAAACUGGUCAAGAACAAGUGUAUUAUCUGGGUCAUUCUCAAGGCACCACUAUAGGUUUUAUAGCAUUUUCACAGAUACCUGAGCUGGCAAAGAAGAUUAAAAUGUUUUUUGCCUUGGCCCCUGUGGUGUUUCUCAAUUUUGCCUCGAGCCCUUUGGUGAAGAUUUCUAAGUUGCCAGACGUUAUUAUUGAGGAUUUGUGUGGACACAAACAGUUUUUACCCCAGAGUGCCAUCCUGAAAUGGCUGGGCACUCAUGUUUGCACUCACGUCGUCCUGAAGGAGCUUUGCACAAAUCUCUUCUUUCUUUUAUGUGGCUUCAAUGAGAAGAAUUUAAAUACGUCUAGAGUGGAUGUGUAUACAUCACACUGUCCUGCGGGAACCUCGGUGCAAAACGUCUUACACUGGAGCCAGAUUGCUAGACACAAUAAGCUUCAAGCUUUUGACUGGGGAAGCAGUGCCAAGAAUUAUUUUCAUUACAACCAGAGCUACCCUCCCUUGUAUGACUUAAAGGACAUGCCUGUACCCACUGCUUUGUGGAGUGGAGACCAUGACUCGCUGGCAGACCCCAGUGAUGUCAACAUCUUACUGACUCAGAUCUCCAACUUGGUGUACCACAAGCGCCUCCCUGAGUGGGAACAUCUGGAUUUUCUCUGGGGUUUGGACGCCCCCUGGAGGAUGUAUAACGAAAUAGUCACUCUACUGAGGAAAUACCAGUGAAAGCCAGACUUGAGAUAUGUACCCUUUAGUAGGGCAAAAGGAUGUUUGCUUCAUUUCUUCAAAAUACUUGUGUUUUCCUUGCCUAAAUCUCUUGUUUUAUAUGCAAGAAGAUGAUGGCUUUGAGGAUAUCCGUGCUCUCUAGUUAGUUAGAAGCACUCUAGUUGUCUUAUGCUUAUGACUAACAAUCUAGCGUCACAGCCAGUGAUGCCUUUGGAAGUCUUUAAAAGAUGUAGGUGAUGUGUGAAAAUGUCAUUGUAAUCAUUAUGUUACUUUUUAACAAUUGUUUUUGGUGUAAGCGUGCCACUUAUAUGUGUGUGCUAUGCGCUGGCCAGAUCUGUCUUGUGUGGAGAUCAGGGCUAGCAUCAGGACGUCUUCUUCAGACACUCAUCAUCUUAAUUUUGAGGCAGGGUCUUUCACGGAACAUGGAGCUUGCCAUUUCAGCUAGACUGACUGACCAAUGAGCCUCCAGGAUCUGUCUGUCUCCAGCUUCCCUCUCACCAAUGCUGGGCUUAUAGGUACAUGAUGCCCCACCCAGUAUUUUUACUUUGGUUGUAGGGGUAUAAACUCAGGUUCUCAGGCUUGUGGAACAAGCACUUUUCCCACCAAGCUAUCUCCCCAACCCCUCCGUAAUUUAAAAGCUAUGCAGUUACCUUUCUAUUACCACCAGACACAAGUAAGAGCAUAUAGGACACUUCAAGUUAUCAUUUUUGUUAGCACAGACAAAUCUGUCUCUGAUUUGAACUCAGUAUGAAGAAUACCUUGUUCUGAGCUUGACAUGGGCCCUCAGGAAACUGAGGCAGGAAGACCGAUGCUAGGUUUGAGGCUUAUCUAGAGAGUGAGACUUUAUCUCAAAAAACCAAAGACAGAGGAAAAAAGCAAAACCAAAGUGCUCAGUUACCAUCUUCUUGUCUUAGAUGCUCUCCAGUCCAGUGUUCCUGUGUUUACCUGCCUAAACAACAUUUUUCCUGCACUAACUAUCUAGUCAAAUCAGUGUUACUCCAGCCUUGUCAGCAAUAUUCUUUCUUCAAGUUUUAUCAAACCUCAAUAACAAGUGUUUAGCAAAUAUUCAUAUUUUUUAGGCCAAGUCAAGAACAACAACAAAGCCAAGAAUCAUGAAAAGCCAGAUUGCACUGAAUAAAAAAAAAUCUCUUGUAAACACCUUGAAGGUUGGUGUACUCAGCUGUGUGUGUUCCUAGGUGGCAGGCCAUCAGGUCACUUUUCUGUGAAGAAACAUCCUGUGGAGGGGCAAACCACUAAUUUUCCAGAAGUGAGUGUGCAGCUCCUGUGAUGGUGUCUGUGUGAAGCCAAAGGCGGCUGCUUGUCACAGGCAUCCUGGUUCAUUUUUCCUACAAAUGAACUGGAUGCUUUCAGAUCAAAGUUCAGCUCAGGAAUUCUAUUCUGCAAACCAGUGUUGUAUGCAUUGUGUUGUGUGGAGGAGGCCCGUGUUUGUGUGUCUGCUCACUAUUGUCAGCUGAAUGGUAGUCGAUGAUAAGUUUUCUCACCUAGUUACCUUAGAGGCAGCAGUAUUACUUGAUGUUGGCUCAUACAUGCAAGCAGCAUGAUACAACUCUGUAACAUUUUAAAGGUUCAUAUUUGAACUUUUCAAUAAAGUCCAGCCUCACAGGCCUGAA